UGCAGACCGAUGUUUACAAAGAGGGCUCUUGAUAAAGCAGGGGGUUUGCAAAGAUUGUGUUGCUAAUUGCAUUAAAAAAUCGAGCUGCGGAAGGCUGGUCAACUUUGGAGGCACAGAGACAGAAGAAGGAGAAAGCUGCAGCCGAAGCGAGAAGCAUCUCAGUGAAGGAAAAGAUCUGGGGAAGAGAACAUCUCACUGCCAGCCGCUCCAGAACAGCCUGCUUCUGCUUCCCGUCUUCUCUCUCCCUCCCUGGCUUUCUCUUCCCCGUUCUUGUGUUCCCUUCUCUCUUUCUCCCUUCUGUCUCCUUCCCUUCCUCCCUCUUUCUUGCUCUCCCUUCCCCGGCAGACUCCCCUCCAGAUCCGUGCUGCCUGCUACCUACAAACUUUUUGGAGCGGAUCCCCUUAAGCCAGCAGACAAGUGACUGCCGCUCUUCUGCCUUCGGCUGCUUUGCUCGUCAGAGAGGCGAUACCACAAGAGGUUUAACUAUUUCGGCUGAAACUUGGGAGACAGUUUUUUGUUUUUGUUUUAAAUCUACCCUUUAAUUGCGCAGCCAAACGCUCUUAGUGCCGGGUGUUAAGAGUUUGAUGAGUGGCAAUGUGUAGCAAAGCGAUCCUAGCACUACUGGUCUAUGGGAUAAUAAUGCACUGCAGCGUCUACUGCUCACCUGCUGCUGGAUUUCAAUACCCUGCGCUAAGGAUUUCUCAGGAGGCGUCUGAAUUCUUGCCCUUUGCUUUCCGGGCUAGGCUGGAAGAUGAAGUUUAUGACGAGGAUGGAAACACGCUGCAGGAUUUCGCCUUUGACAACGACCCCCUUGGCAUAGCGAACCCUUCAUCCAUGAUAGACGACAUGUACACCCUGUACUACCCACCGGAAAAGAGGCACGCCGAUGGGAUAUUUAACAAAGCCUACAGGAGAGUUCUGGGUCAGCUAUCCGCUAGGAAAUACCUACAUUCUUUGAUGGCCAAACGGGUGGGCGGUGCCAGCGGCCUGGAGGACGACUCGGAACCGCUCUCCAAACGGCACUCGGAUGGCAUCUUCACAGACAGCUACAGCCGCUACCGGAAACAAAUGGCUGUCAAGAAAUACUUGGCAGCGGUCCUGGGGAAAAGGCAAUGUGACGCAGGAUGCAGUUUGCAGCUUUUCGUGCCUUUCUUCGCCUUUUAAAUCGCCACGAAUUCACAGAUGGCUAUUUAGUGGCCCUACAAUGCUGCAACACAUCAGCUUGCAUUUUAGUCUUAAUUAUUUGUUCUUGGAUAAUCGGCAGACGUUGCUGUAUUUGUGUCAGCUGUGGUAUAAUGAAACAGGGCUCUAUUGACGUUUUAUUUAUGAACUAUCAUUUCGAGUUCAGUGGCUAGUUGCAAGCAUUAUAAAGUGAUCACAUAGGUUAUCCUCUGUAUAAUUUUUAGAAAAACCAACAGCCUUACUAAAACGGAGCAGAUCUGAGAUACAGUGAUAAUUUAGGUAGAUGUUAGUCUUGCAGAUCUUAUUUUGUGUGCAACUGAAUAUAAAAAUAACUUAAAGUAUUAUUACACACAUGAUAUAUAUAACUAGGACUUUGAUAACUGUUAUAUAAAGUGUGUAAAGUUUGUAUUAAUAAAUUUUUGUAAACAAUGCAACUUUGUCUAAUGUUUGGGGGAGAAAUCUAGCAGUUAACAGUGAAAGCUGUAUUUCAUUUAAAAUCUAUUUAAUUAGUUUAAAUUUAAAGCAAUAUUUUCUAACAUUUUUUAUGUCUGGAAUAUCUUUUUUUUUUUUUUUUUUUACUAAGCCUUCACAUAUUUUCAUCAGAUGUCCUCUAAUCUUUUAUUGAUGGGUUACUUCUAUAUUCAAGUAGACUAAAAAGUAAUUACUGAAGUAGAAAAAUCAAGCUUCAUGCGCACUAGAUAAAUAAGCUUGCCUAAAAUUUACAGACAAAAACCAGCCAAUGUCCUAGAAUAGCCUUUCCCCCCCAAAGUAUUUAACAAUUCCUAUACUUAGGAAUUGCUUAUACUUGCCAAACAGGAAAAGCUUAAUGGAACUUUCACCUAAACUCCUCCAAUGAACAUUCUGGUACACAAAAAUAUACUUUGUAAUAUUACUUGUCUUGGGGGAGGGCAACACCCUUGUACUGGGUUUAAAUUAUAUCAAGUGAAAACUUGGCUGUACUAAAAUAGCUAUACUGUAGCACAUGAAGAGUUAAUUAGGUUUCUUAAAUAGAAAUGUAUCUGGUAGCUAUAUAUAAAAAAAGGGUAUUUGCAGGCUGGUUUGUCAAUACAAAGUCCACUCAGAAAAUUCUACAGGGAAAUCUUCAGUUAAACGUUUCAAGAAUACCUGGAAAAUGCUGACAUCACUUUGUGCAUGCCUAUGAUCAUUAAUGCUAUGGUAGCUCAGGGAUCUAUUGAGGUCCCUUCCAGUCCUACAUUUCUAUGACUCUAUGACUGUACUUAAAUAUUUUGGGAAAGGCCCAGCAAUUUAGUUUAAAUUUUUUCUAUCUGAGAACAAACAAAUGUGCUGUUCAAACCUCAGAAGGGUCACUUAAAUAAAAAGUUUAAGCCACAGGAAUACAUUACAAAGUCCCAGCAAAAUUUUAAAAUGAAUCUCCAAGAUUUUUCAUUUUUUUAACCAAAA